AUGUCUGCCAACACAGAGCUGAAGAAAAAACCUGUCAACUUCUCAAACAUCUUGCUGGGUGCUGGUUUGAACAUGUUCGAAGUUACCUCUUUAGGUCAGCCUCUUGAAGUUGUCAAAACAACCAUCGCUGCCAACCGUCAGUUCUCCAUUUUGCAGGCUUUCAAACAUGUCUGGUCUCGUGGUGGUGUCUUCGGUUUCUACCAGGGUUUGAUUCCAUGGGCUUGGAUCGAAGCAUCCACCAAGGGUGCUGUACUGCUUUUCGUGUCCUCUGAAGUCGAAUAUCGGGCAAGAACCUUCGGUGCUGGCAACUUCACUGCCGGUAUCACUGGUGGUGUUUUCGGUGGUUUGGCUCAAGCAUAUCUCACAAUGGGAUUCUGUACAUGUAUGAAGACCGUUGAGAUCACAAGAGCUAAACAGGCAGUUGUUCCUGGUCAAGCCCCACAGUCUGCUUUCCAAGUUUUCUUGGAUAUCUACCGCAAGGAAGGUAUUCGUGGAAUCAACAAGGGUGUCAAUGCUGUUGCCAUUCGUCAAUGUACCAACUGGGGUUCUCGUUUCGGUCUGUCUCGUCUUGCUGAGCAAGCCAUUAAGAAGAUUUCUGGAAAGGGUGAACACGACAGUCUUUCUGUGGUGGAAAAGAUUGGCUCCUCUAUGAUCGGUGGAGGUCUUUCUGCAUGGAACCAACCUAUUGAGGUUAUUCGUGUCGAAAUGCAGUCCAAGACUAAUGACCCAUCGCGUCCAAAGAACUUGACUGUUGGUAAAACUUUUAAAUACAUUUAUGAACAGAACGGUAUUAAAGGGUUGUACCGUGGUGUCACCCCUAGAAUCGCUUUGGGUGUCUGGCAAACCGUCUGUAUGGUCGGUCUAGGUGACAUUGCUCGUGAAUUUGUUGGUAAAUUGACAGGUGACAUCCCUCAAGCCAAAGGUCAUUAG